AUGCAUCGAGCCUACCAGCCAAUUUUACCGUGCGGCAACAAAUAUCUUCAGCUAAAAUGGGACAAAGCAAAGUAUGAAGAACACAAGAAAAGGAUCCAGGCAGCAAAACCAUUAGUGGACACAAGUGCCCCUGCAACAUAUGGCCACCUUCAUCUGAAGUUAGGGAAGCUGAAGUUGGAGGAAGACCGGCUUUCCGUCAUCGAAAGAGACAACCGUUUGCUGCUGGAGAAGAUGUCCUGCAUCAUGAGAACAAAGGGACAAAUCGACAACAAAAAUGACUAUAAGGCCAAAAGUUUAAAUGGAGAAAAAAGAAAGCAGGAGCUGCGGAGAGUGAACCAGGAGAACCGUGCCAUUCUGGAUAGAAUUACAAAGUCCCAGCCUCAGUAUCAAGUUCAGCGAUGGCAUGAGGAUUGGCAACGAGCUGAAAAAUACAUGGCCAACGUUGCGAGAUACCCUCGUGGGCGGUGUAAAUCACAGAGCCGAAAGCACCACACGUCAGCCCUAUCUAUUUGCCCACACGCCUACAUCACUCCCAGUGAAGGAGCAAAACUUUGGAGUCUAUCCAUAAGGAUGCUCUCUCUGAAGUCCUUCUACUUCUACAACCAGUCACUUCACGAGCAGUGA